UCGACCGCGAACUCGGGGCGAACGGUCGAAGCGCGCGCGACCGCCCCGGUUUUUUAACCGUCCUCACGGCAAGCUCACCGCAAGCGGCCACCGCCGCCGCCGCCGUCGUCGUCGUCACCCGUCACCGCCACCGCCGCCGCCGCCGCCGCCGCCGCUGUCGUCGUCGCGUCGUCGUCGUGCAUCGUCGUGCAUCGUCGUACAUACGCGCGGCUGUGUGCGCCAAGGCAGCACCCGUCGGAGUCGCGGAGAGACGACGCGUGUCUAAAUUUGAAUACGCUCUGGCAGCGUAGAGGAGAGAAGCAGUGCCGUCCGCGCGUGUUACGCCGUCGGAGUCCUCGUCGUCGUCGUGGUUGUUACGCGUGAAAAAGUAUAUUUUAAGAAGGACGCUCGCGUUCGCCGCCGUGCAUCUAGUCAACGCAUCUAGUCUCCGCGAUAUCACUGGUCGCGGAUAAAAGCUAACCUAUCUUAACCGCGCGCGCGGCACACAUCACGAGCAGCGCGGAGCGAGCGUGCCGACGCACGCGUGCACACACGGCGACCUAAGAAUAAUUCACGACACACGUUGUCAACCGUGAUACGUCCCUAUAAAUAUAAUCGUGCGCCCUUUUUGCGAGUGAUUCACGGCGAAGGUGAAGCAAGCGGAGGAAGAGAGAGAGAGAGAGAGAGCGAGAACGAAGAAGUGGAAGAGACAAGAAAGCUGAAAAAAAACUCGACUCUCAGAUUAAACUGACGAACGUUCGCGGUAGAUUUUUCUCAUCGUUCGACACGAGUCGUCGUGACGCGACGGCGAGCGAGACCGACGACGGUCCGCGAGAAGGCAGAGUCUGCUUAGCAGACACGCACGUACACGCGCGAUCGUGCCUUCGCACGAGAGAGAGAGAGGAGGAGGAGUAGUUGGAGAGUGUGCCAAAGAGGAGAAAAGAGAAAAAGAUCGCCGAUAGAGAGACGCAACGACGACGACGACGGGAAAGAGAAAGAGAGAGUCGUGAGUGUGCCUGUCGGUUCUCGCGUUGAUUCCUUCGCUCGCGUUCGUCGAUUCGGCGGCGUGGUAUCGGCCAGCGACGACGCGAAUUAGUGUGCGAGAAUCAGCAUCCGGCGAGCAGGAGGACGAGAAGGAGGAAGAGUAGGAGGAAGAGGAGGAGGAGGAGAAGUAGUAGCAGCGACGACAACAGCGGCAGCGGGAAGUUUUGUUUUGAUCGGCGAACGAUCGCGCCGUCUCACGAUCUCUCGCCUCUUCUUCCCGUCUCUCCGUCUCGUGCGAGGCGGCCGCGGGGGUGCUGUAUCGCGGUGUGGGGAGAUAUCGAUCGCGCGCGCGGGACCAUUGACGUCGUUCUGGAGAACGGCCGAACGUCGUAAGCGAGCGAGAGAGAGAGAAAGAGAGGGACGCGACGACGACGACGAUACCUUCGUUGUCGACGAUUCUAGCUAGCUAGUCGCAACCGGUGCGCGUCCUCGUUCUCGUCGUCGUCGUCGUCGUUCUUAUCGUCAUCAUCAUCGUCGACGAUACGCGCACGCGGCGCGUCCUCGAGCGAGAUCGCGAUCGCGGUGCGGUGCGGCGCGCCGCAUCGCGGUGCCGAUCCCGAGGAUCGCCCGCUCGCUCGCUCUCGGCCUCGCUCUCGUUGACGCUCUCGCGGGGGGAGAGAUCGAUCGAUACGCCACGGCUCAGCAGGGACUCGGCCGACCGACCUGACUCCCGCCGUCGACAUGCCCCGCUGAUGAUCCAGUAAGCUGCGAGAUCCGUGUUCUUAAUAUUCCAUCCAGUGAUUUCGAAGACUUGCCUCUUAUCCAAGACGUGGUGCAACAAUGGGUCGAAAGAAGAUUCAGAUUUCACGUAUCACGGACGAACGGAAUCGUCAGGUGACCUUUAACAAACGGAAAUUCGGCGUGAUGAAGAAAGCGUACGAACUGUCGGUGCUGUGCGACUGCGAGAUCGCGCUGAUUAUCUUCAGUUCGAGCAACAAGCUGUACCAGUAUGCGAGCACCGACAUGGACAAGGUUCUCCUCAAGUACACCGAGUACAACGAACCCCACGAGUCCCUCACCAACAAGAAUAUUAUCGAGGCGCUCAACAAGAAGGAACAUAAGGGUGCCAUGUCUCCAGAGAGCCCGGAACCCGAUGCAAUCGAAUACAAUCUUACCCCGCGCACCGAGGCCAAAUACACGAAGAUCGACGAGGAAUUUCAGAUGAUGAUGCAGAGGCAUCAGCACAAUGGCAGCAGGACAAUGGGACAAUCGAAUUAUACGCUACCGGUAUCUGUACCAGUGAACAGUUACGGCGAAUCUCUUCUUGGAUCUAGUCCACAGAUGGCACAUACCAGCAUUUCUCCACGUCCAUCAUCGUCUGAGACGGAUUCAGUGUAUCCCCCGGGAGGAAUGUUGGAAAUGAGCAACGGUUAUCCUCCGUCAGCGUCACCAUUGGGUGGUUCACCUAGUCCAGGACCUUCGCCCGCACUCGGGGUUGGUGGGGGUAGUGCAAAUAAAGGCAGCAAUCCGUCUAGGCAUUCGCCACAACCUCCGCCUCCACCGCCACCGCCUCAUCCUCACAGGUCUAACCUUCGAGUGGUUAUACCAACAGUUACACCGCUCGCGCAACCUCUCUCCGAAGACACUAAUUAUGAUAAUGCCCAUACACAGUCUGCGUUGAAUGCACCUGUAGUAGCGUUACAAACACCAACAGUACCAGCCGGAUACUCCAGUUUUGGACCAACAGAUUACUCCUCGGAUCUCGGGGGCCUUGCAUGGCCCACUCAUCAGAGGUACGUUGUUGAUGAGUUAUAUUCGGCAGCCACCAUGUCCAGCAUCAGUGGUCUUCCUCACCUAGCUGUAUCGAGCAGUACACCACCACCAUCCACAUCGCCUUUACCUGUAAAGAUAAAGAGUGAACCGAUAAGUCCACCAAGAGAUCCGCACGGCGGUAAUAGCGGGUCCAAUGGUGGACCCAGCAAUGCCAGCAAUCUACAUCAUACAAGCUUGAACGUCGGUCCGUCGUCCAGUACUGGUCCACCGCCACAUCACGUGUCUCAUCCGGGACCUCAGACACUGAAUCUGGUAUCGAGCAGACCGAGCAGUAAUCCACCUCCGUCCCAUUCGGGUAGCAUAACACCGACAAAUUUACCGUCGCCGGGAAGUGGUACGGUCGGUGAUAUCAGAACGAACCAUUCUAGCGGUGGCGGGAACGGAGGGAACAGUUCAGACUACGAGAACGGACCACUCAUGAAACGCUCGAGAAUCACGGAAGGUUGGGCGACUUAAUGUCGAUUAAAUUGUUGCACUCAUCAGUUGUUUGAUACCUCCUCGACGUACAACGGCAUAUAGUGCUUGUGAGUUCCAGUAUAAUUAAACAAACUCCUUUUAAACGUCUUUGACGCGUACUUUGUACUAUCGCGAUAACGAUAGCUACGGGAUGGAUACGCUUCCGCCGUAGCUAGCGGAGUGGAAAAAUCUGUUUAUAUUUUGAAGCUGACACAGAAUAUACAUUUAUUUGAUGAAAAAAAAAAGAGGAAAUACGGUGCCAUAAUGUUGAAACUUUAUAUAUAUAUUAUAUAUAUGAUAGAUACAUAUAUAUAUAUAUUUUCAUGUAUAUAAUAUAAAGUGUUGUUUGUAUAUAUGUCAUAAAAUUCAUAAUAACUUUCGCGAUAUGGCAUUGUGUUCUCGAUGCUUAUCGUAUGGAAAUUUAUGCGAAAGGAAACAGUAUAUUAGGGAAAAAUGCAGUACCCAAAUUGUGAAAUUUCUGAAAGUGUAAUACUGAAUCUAAAAGAGCUUGUGAGUAAAUCUACACGUAGUGUAAGAUUUUUAAAGACCAGAACUUACCAUUGCAAUUCGUUGUUGUUUUGUAUGGUAUAGUAGUCAGAAUACGCCAUAACCCGUUAAUAUGAUCUCGCGCUGCAAACAUAUGCUUUAUCCAGGAACAUUGCCAUUGCGCUUCGCAGAAGACAUCGUAUUCCAUUAAAUACAACAGCCAUUAUGGGCAACAUACUUGUUCGCGUGAAAUCCAAACUUUUAGAUUAAUCCUUUUUUUAAUUCUGUUCAAUUUAUACGGAGAAUAGAAAUGUUCAUUGCAAUGUUACAUUAAGAUUUUUUUAUGUUUUUUGAAUUAAUCAAUUAAUUUUACUGUUAACGUGAGUGUAUUAACGGUCUGUGGUUUCCGAACAUGUGGAAAAUCGGCUGCUGUACUCAAACUUUUCAUGAUAUUCUAUAGAACAAGAUUCGAAAUUAAUAUAUUGAGUUAUGAAGUAAUACGAGAUAGAUAGGCAUAUUAUAUAGUGUUGAUUAAUAAAAAAAAAAGAUAUACACACAGCGCGCGUAUAGAUAUAUACAUACAUAUAUAUAUAUAUACACGUUAUAUACAUUUUCCACAAGUAUUUUGCACAUUUGUAUAAAGAAAGACUAUGGAGGAAGAAAACUUGAAAACUUUGCAACCCUUGAAGCCUACAAAUAUGUAACGAGAGUUUAUACUACAGGUAUAUGCCGUAUACUAAAAAUGUGAUUAAACGAAACUUACGAUAAGGAGGAUUGAGUGAUAUUAAUGUUAAUAACUUUAAUCGUAAAUUUUUAACCAAAAUUACACUUUUAAAUACAGUUCAUUAUUUGCCAACCGUGAUCAUUUUUAUGUAUAAACCUGUAAUUCUUUUUAAUACAAAAACCUUCAGAAGGAUUGACUAUACACAUAGGAAAACGAUACAAUUCAUUCUUAAGGUGAGAAUCUAAGAAAAUCUUUCGUCGCAGAGAUUCAUUCUGUGAUAUAUAUAAGAAAUUAUAUAUAGAGAAGAGAUUAUUCUUUUCGAUAUCAGAAACGCGACCUUCUCGGCCAAUAUUUAUGUAAAAAGUUACAUUUAAACGAUAUUUGGCAAAACAGGGUUGCAAUUGUAUAACAAUGUAGAAUUACCUUCUUCCCGAAAUCAGUAAGAUGAAAAUGUGUCAAGAUGGUUUCAAUGUAUGUUUUACAAUCUCAGGAUGUAUCCUGGUGAGAAUCGUUCUCGAGAAUUGUAUUUGAUAAAUUAUUGUAAUUAACGUACUAAUGGAAUACGCAGGUAUAUGAAUGAAUAGUGCCUGGCACCAUUUGUGGCCCUCCUGUUAGGAUGCUUUCCCAAAUCGUAUAUGCAGUACAAUUUGUUAAUAAAGUCUUAAAAAUAAUAAGCUACUUAAGCGCGAUAUAUAUAAAUAUAUAUAUUACGAGAAACGAUAUAUGAUGUUGUAAGCUUUAUAAUGUGACUUUUUGACAAAUAGCGUGGGAAGGCAACCUCUAUUGUGUAAUCGAAGGUUGUACUCUGAGGUAUAACCCUCGAUAUUCAUUUUCUUUAUUAACGCAUAUUAGAAAUGUUUCAUAUGACUGUACGAACAAUCGGUAUGUGGAAUAUGAAAGCGUAUAAUGCGUAUAGUCAUUAAUCUUAAUCACGAAUUUUUAAGAUGAUCACAAAGUGCAAUCUCUUAGCCAACACACUUUUUUAUCAAACAAAAAAUAUAAAGAAAUUGUUAUUUUUCAUAACGAAGAAGUAAACUUUAAUGUAUUAAAGAUAUAUAUGUCUCCACUAGUUAUUAAACUUUUCCUAUUGACACGAAAUUUAUUAUAUUUAAUUGAUAUUUAAUUGUAAUAUAUUCUAUUCAUAUAUUACGAAGAUGGUUAUAUAUACUUGUUUCGCGCAAGUAUAAAAAAUGUUUGCAAGUGGAUUUAUAUUUUGAAACUUUGUAUUACGUUUAAAUGCAUUUGAUUGGUGUGUUAAAUAGGAACGAUUGAAGGACUAAAGUCGAAAGCAAUCUCAACGUUGUUUUAUCGAAAAUAUAUAGUUUUUUUUUUGUAACUUUGAGCGUACAGUAAAAACGUUUAAUUUUUAACUUUACGAUGUUGUUAAUAUCGAAUAAUAUCGGAAGUUUAAAUUUGUCAUGAAUAUUUAUCUCACACAGAAUAUAAUUUAAAUUUAAUCUCAAUGCAUAUUAUGAGCCCAAAACUUUUUAAUUCUUUCUCUGAAAUGCCCUAUUGUGAUAUCGAAACUAACAUGAUCCUUCUGCAUAAUAAGUCCAUCUAAAGUCAUUUAAGUGUUCCAACAUCAACACUUCUAUAACAGUCACAGUGUGAUGUGAAAAGCAUGAGCAGUACUUUAUAUGCAAGGUUUAUAUGUACUAUCUGAUCUAUUUUACCAUAACAUACAGUACGAUAAUGCAUAACAAAACCCAUAAGAGUAGGCAAUUUGUUAAAUGUACGUUAAGUACAUGUACGUACACUUCAAUGUAUAUUUUUAAUAUGAAGUACAUGUAAGUUAUAUCUGUGAGCAAAAAUAAGUUGAUGUAAUUAAAGAUGUAUUCGUCUUGAUCGGCACAACUUAUGACGAAAAUUAUAUUGUUAUCGACAUUGCGGAAUAGAAUAAAGUUUGUACCUUGCAUUUUUCACCGACUACAGACAUUGAAAAAUAAUUUAAUUUUCAAAUUAUUUUAAAUUUAACAAAGAAGAGACGCUAUUAAUUUUGGAAUACUUUCAUAUCCCGGUGACUGAAGUUAUAUUCUUCUCAUAAGUUUUUACCUCUUGCUUGGACUAUUCAAAGUACGGUCCAAUUGUGUAAAAUUGUGCUAAUUUGUUUGUAAUAUAUAUAUAUAUAUAUAAUAUAUAUAAAAUAUAUAUUGCGUUCAAAAAAUUCAUUUACGUUAUGUUCGAAAUACUCUUUGGUUACUUGCCGUGAAUUACGAUCAUACAGUUGUGCCUCAAGAUUUCGACAGAUAUUCAAUACGUAAAGUAAUGAUAAUUAUUGUAGUUAAAAACUCAGAGACUAUUGAAAUUGUUGGAACGCUGUGAACGAAAUGGACCAUCGUUAGAAGAGCCAUACGCAUAAGAUAAAUGAGGUCUACAGAUGGUUAGACGUUUUAUAUUGCAACAUAAACUAAGAUUGUUUGGAAAAAGAGGCCAUCAUAGGCUUUAGGCAAUGUUCGCAAAUAAUCGAAUUGCAAUGCACGGCACAAGUACCAGAUCACUGUAACAAUGUAGUAAAAUAAAAUACAAUGUAUAUGUACUAGCCACAACUGUUGUCACCACAAAUAUAAAUAAAUAAAUAUAUAAAUAUAUAUAUACACAAUUAAGUUUAAAUACAGAUUUAAGUACUGGACAUAUCUGUAAAGCCAAGUAGCAUCACAUUUUUAAACAUCAUAAGGAUAUCGUCAUUUUACUGUUACUAUCUGUAUCUGUGCAUUUUGAAACUGAAAACGGUAUAACCUGUUUGAUACGUACAUGUCACACCAAAAGUUAUAAGAAUCCUUCAUAUAUUUUUUAACAUAUAGUUAUAUUAUUGAGUUUCCGCUUAGUUUUGAAAUGCACUUUGUAAACAGAUGAAGCGUAUGACGGGGGGGAAGGGGGGCAUACAUUAAACAUUAUUAUGUAGUUAUACACGUAUUUGUAUAAUACAGUUUAAAGAGGAGAUUGUUCGACAAUUCCUCAAAUUGCGUAUCGUACUGUUACAGUUAAUUUCGAGGUACAAUUACAUUGUACAAUGUAUAAAUUUUAAAUAGAACAGUAUGUAUACAAGGACAGACACAGACACGCAACACAUACAUAACACAAAAGAUUUGCAUCGUGCAUACACAACCGGAUGUAUGCAUAUGUGGAUAUAUAUGUAUAAAAGUUAUUAUAAUAAUGUGUAAUAGUAAUAACAUACAAUAUUAUAGUCGUGCGUUACGUUAGUUGAUAAUUGCGAGAAUAAAGGAAAGUAAUUCAUAUAGUGCCAUCAUAACUGACUAAUUAAGGGAAAUACCGAUUUUACGUUUUAAGUAGUAUCAUAGGAGAAAUAUAUUUGAGGAAGAAAAAAAAUACUUACAAUGUUGAAGACAAAGACUCGGUUUAUGUUUGUAAUAAUAAUUAUAAUGUUUGCCAAGUUUGUUAUAUAAGUAUGAAGUCAUUGAGAAAUUUUAUGUACUAAAUCUUAAAGACAUAUUUUAUCCUCUUAUGCACAUUCAAUGCCACACGCAAUAGUACUUGAGUGCAUAAACGCAAAUGGUUUGUGCGCUCAUGGAGAGAAGGCGUGAAAUGCGCUACGGACACGGAAUUACAAAGCUCCUUUGUUUGUACGUUAUACCUUUGGUGCUCGACAUUACCCAGUUAUUGUUAUACGUUAUUAUUACUGAUCUGUAUAUGACCAUGCUACCAUAUCGCCUAUUAUUGGUCAGUAUAAUCAUUGUCAGAGUUAGUGAUAAAUAAUGAUUAUUUGAUAACGCUCUGUGUACAUCACACACAUACAACAUUGUAAACACAUACACAUUGUGGUUAUAUUUCAGUGUAUCAGCAUAAUGAUAUGAUUAUUACGAUGUUGCCCAUAGAAUACAUUUUACUUGGUUUUUACAUUUGGCAGUAUUUUAUUUUGGUAUUAUUCCAUCCACCUGCGUAGCUUUUUCUCAACGCUCAACUUACUGUGACUUGUACGUGUAGUGCGUUUUCUUUCAUUUUGUAUUAACAUUAUUUGUACUUGAAUCAGAAAUCUGAAAUUGUUUUCUGAAUUCAUCGUUUUACUUGCAUGUUUCCGCUGUAUAUUAUUUCGCGAUGAUUUGUGUCACCAUCGAAUUCAUACGACUUCUUCAAAUUUAAAUAUGUAAAAUAUUACUUACCGUCUCAAUAAGUUUGUUAUCAUAGAAAUGUGUUUUGCUUGUUAAUAAUGCUCUUAAUUUUAA